CUAUUCCCAAACAGGCCCUAUAUGUUGUUUGAAGUUAGACGAUAACUUUAAAACAGAAGAAAUAUUGUUUUAAGAAAAUGAAUAUCCUUAGAAGUGUUUAAUUAUUACCACAUAAACCAAAAAAAGAAAGAGGCUUUGUUGUUGUUGACUCAUAAUAACAAUGACAAACUCCCCUUUAUAUGAUUCAUACAAACAUACCUAAUAACAAAAUGACACAAGCAUCCACUAAUUCGUAAAAUCUGGUCUGACACUCUGACUCCAUAAAACUCUUUGAUUCAUGUCUUCCUUCUUCAAACAAAGCACCCCUAAAAACACUCAGUUCCAUUUGCUCAGUCCAUCUGAAUUGCAGUAGGCACAACCACAGCCAUCCUUAGCCUUGCGCCACUACAGCCAUUUUAAGCCUUCCUAGUUCCUACUCCCUCCGUCCCUGUGUAUUUGUCCAGUUUGACUUUUUCGAGUCAAACUGGACAAACUUUGAGCUUCAAUUAAAUAAAAACCGUAAUGUAUUUUAACAUAAAAAUAACUUUAUUGGAUUUAUCGUAUUGAGAACUUUCAAAAUUGUAUUUCAUUAUACUAAUAUGCAAUAUAAAUUGAGAAUAAUUGGAAUUCAAAGAUUAUCCAGUUUGACUCGAAAAAGUCAAACUGGACAAAUACACUGGGACCGAGGUAGUAGUUAGUUUCCAAAGAAGGUGAAAUAUCAGUAGAUGGAUGUAUUACAAACUAGCGGCAAUAUGUAAGAGUAAUAUGCCAGAAGAACACUAAUCAACUCGAAUAAGAUAGCAAAGAGAGCAGAUUCAAGAACACAGACACAUUAUAAAAGGCCAAUUACUAUAACAAAAUGAAUUACCUAAGCUAUUCUUUAUCAGAAAAAAUAACCUAAGCUAUUUGGACACCAUAAAUUACUCAGUAAAAUCCAGUCCAAAAAUAAAAAAUUAGUAACUAUGAAUAGGAGAUACUAAAAAUCAGAAUUGCUUUUGUUUGGUUCAUUUUCUGAAAAAUUAAAAAUCAUUUUGAAGCAUAAAUCAAACAAAUCACCCAAACUCAAUCCAGGCAUUCAUAGCACAAAAAACAACCCAGGCAUUCAUGCACUAACUCAGGAUCUAUUCUCUAGUUUUCCCCAAGAUCUUAAUCAACCAAGAAUAAAGAAUUGUUCUUCAAUGUCCUCCCCCAGAAAAUAAAAACAAAUGAAUCACAUUCCAAGCCUAAAUUAAAUUUAUAGACCAAAACCUAAUCUGACGAAGGAGAUGGGAAAUGGCGGCGAUAGGGAUGGAGACGGUGGAGAUGGGGGGACGACGAUGAAGACGGGGAUUGAGAUCAGCGGAGAGCGGAAAAGAGAGGUGGAAAAUGACUUCCGUAAAAAAAGUCUGGAAGUCAAAUUCAUUUUCCAUUUGACCAGGAGUUUGUUUUCUUUACACCAUUUUCAUAUCUUGUCAAACACUGGAGAAUGGGAAAAAUGACUUCCAGAAGUCCUUUUUCCCCUUUCCAAAUGGAGCCUUAAUUCUUUCUCUCCAUUAAGCUGGGGUGGGAAAUUUCCACAUAUAGAGACAAAAAAAGUAUGUGAGAAAAAAUGGUAAUCACACUAGUGGGGAGCAAAAAUAUAUGUAAUAUUCUCCCAUUGGUGGGAGUGGGAGGAAUGAGGCGAUUCUAUCACGUCUUCCCUACUCGAGCCACACACAAAGAAUGGAUAGAGUUCAAUGGAUGGGAGAAAGAUGAAGAAUGCAUGUGUUACUUUCAUUGGUUCUGUAAAAUGACCGGAGAGUGUGAAGAUGUUUACAUUUUCUUGUGUAUUUAACUUAGCGUGUGGGAUGAAAGAGAAGUUCUAUCCAUCAAUUGUCAGACCAGCGAUGUUGUAUGGCUUGGAGUACUGAGCAGUUCAGAAAACCCACAUGAGUAAGGUAUAUGUAGUAGAGAUGUGGGUGCCACGGUGGAUAUAUGGGUAGACAAGGUUGGAUAAGAUUCAAAAUGAGGUUAUUAGGAGACGGGUGGAGAAUAGGCUGAGAGAGAGUAGGUUGAGGUGGUUUGGACACGUGAUGCGAUACAAUACAGAGGCUUUGGUGCAAAGAUGUGAGGCCUACGAUGGUGUGGCCGAAAUAGAGGAAGAGGUAGACCUAGGACAUGACCUAAGACUUUUGGGUCUUACCAAGGAUAUGACUUUAGAUAGGUGAAUCUCGAGAGCUGGGACUAGGAUGAUAAUUGGGUAGACUUUUGGACAUUGAGGUAGUUUCUACACUUGUUGCAUGCUGCUUUGUAGGGUGCUUUCUUUUUCUUUGUGUUUUUCUUUCAAUCUUUCUUUUCUUUUUACUUGCUGGGUGCUUUUUUGGUCAUGCUCUUUGCUUUCUAUAUUUUACGUGUUUUCUCGAGUUGGGGUCUCUUUUGGAAAAAAUCUCAAAUUUCAAGUAGGUGCAUAGUUAUCAAGGCGUCGCCUAGGCGUCUGGGCGAGGUAUUGUGGACGCCCAAUUGGUCGCCUAGCCUUUUCUUCCCUCGGCGACUGAGGCUUCAGUUUAGCGUCUGUUUGCCAUCUAUUUGGCGUCGAUUUGAGAUCUGAAUCGCAAGGAACAUCGGAAAUCCAUAUGAAUUGUCCGGGAUCUGUGAUUUAGAUCGUGAGGUCGUAAAUCUAUUGGAUCGCGAUCGACGGAGAUUCGUUAGGUUUUGUCCUGCGUUCGUGAAUUCUCUGGAUCUACGCGAGUACGCGACCCUUCGGUUUUGACGGAAACCCCUGAGGCUUUGACUAGCGACAGACCAGGUAAAGUAAGGUGUUUCUUUUUUUUAUUUUUUAUUUUUUUUGUGAGUGAAACAUGCGGAAUUUUUUAGACAGGCUUUGACUGUGGACUUUUUUAAGGAAAUAUACUUUAUACUCCCUCCGUUCUCAAAAACACUUCCUCUUUCAUUUUUUCCACUUCCAACAAAACACUUCCUUUUUCUAUUAAAAAACCACUUUUACCCUUACUUUUUCAUACCCUACCUAUCACAUCAUACUUUUUCUCUAAUAAUCUAUCCAUCACAUCUUACUUUUACCCAUCACAUCAGGGGCAAAAUUGGAAAUCAACUAUAAAUUUAACAAUUUCUUAUUUUUGCCCCAAAUCAAAAUGGGAAGGGUUUUUCCAAACGGAGGGAGUAUUUUUUAAAAGUAAUGUGUUAUCUAUUCUUGUUUUCUACAAAGUAUAUACUAAAUAAUGUAUUUCAUACCUAUAAAAUUAAUUAUUCCAUCGUAUAUGCUUUUACAUCAGUAUCAAUAAAAUUAUUAGGGUCGCCAUAGCCCACUCGCCCAGCGGACGCCUAGGCGGGCGCCUAAUCGCCUAGGCGAUUGGAAGGUACUCUAGCGCCCAGCCUCGCCUAGCCGCCGUAACAACUAUGAGUAGGUGUUUUAAGAAAUAGGGAUUCUAAUG